UGCUGCCUCUCUGUUGCUCCCUCCCAGCUGGGACCCGGCAGACCCCUACCCACCUUCCCCACCUCGGAAUGCACCUCGGACGUGGAGCCAGACACACGGGAGAUGGUACGAGCCCAGAACAAGAAAAAGAAGAAGUCAGGAGGCUUCCAGUCCAUGGGCUUGAGCUACCCAGUGUUCAAAGGCAUCAUGAAGAAGGGCUACAAGGUGCCAACACCCAUCCAGAGGAAGACCAUCCCCAUGAUCCUGGAUGGCAAGGAUGUGGUAGCCAUGGCCCGGACAGGCAGUGGCAAGACGGCCUGCUUCCUUAUCCCCAUGUUCGAGAGGCUCAAGACCCGCAGCGCCCAGACCGGGGCCCGCGCCCUCAUCCUCUCACCCACCCGAGAGCUGGCCCUGCAGACCAUGAAGUUCACCAAGGAGCUGGGCAAGUUCACUGGCCUCAAGACUGCCCUGAUACUGGGCGGGGACAAGAUGGAAGACCAAUUUGCAGCCCUGCACGAAAAUCCCGACAUAAUCAUUGCUACCCCUGGGCGCCUGGUGCAUGUGGCUGUGGAGAUGAACCUAAAGCUGCAGAGCGUGGAAUAUGUGGUAUUUGAUGAGGCUGACAGGCUCUUUGAAAUGGGGUUUGCAGAACAGCUGCAGGAAAUCAUCGGCCGCCUCCCUGGGGGCCACCAGACAGUCCUUUUCUCUGCCACGCUGCCCAAGCUGCUGGUGGAGUUCGCCCGGGCUGGCCUCAUGGAGCCCGUGCUCAUCCGGCUAGACGUGGACUCCAAACUCAACGAGCAGCUCAAGACCUCCUUCUUCCUUGUGCGGGAGGAUGCUAAGGCUGCUGUGCUCCUCCACCUGCUGCGCAACCUGGUGCGGCCCCAGGACCAGACAGUAGUAUUUGUGGCCACCAAGCACCACGCGGAGUAUCUCAGUGAGCUGCUGACAACCCAGCGGGUGAGCUGCGCCCACAUCUACAGCGCCCUGGACCAGACGGCCCGCAAGAUCAACCUGGCCAAGUUCAUGCACGGCAAGUGCUCGGCCCUCAUCGUGACUGACCUGGCAGCCCGGGGCCUGGACAUCCCACUGCUGGACAACGUCAUCAACUACAGCUUCCCCGCCAAGGGCAAGCUCUUCUUGCACCGCGUGGGCCGUGUGGCCCGGGCUGGCCGAAGUGGCACGGCCUACUCCUUGGUGGCCCCAGACGAGGUCCCCUACCUGCUGGACCUGCACCUGUUCCUGGGCCGUGCCCUGACCCUCGCCCAUCCCCACGAGGAGCCCUCCGGCGCGGGCAGCGGGGACGGCGUGCUGGGCCGGGUGCCGCAGGGCGUGGUGGACGAUGAGGACUGCGGUCUGCGGACCAGCCUGGAGGCGUCACUGGAGCUUCGGGGCCUGGGCCGCGUGGCCGACAACGCCCAGCAGCAGUAUGUGCGCUCGCGGCCGGCGCCCUCGCCCGAGUCCAUCAAGAGGGCCAAGGAGCUGGACCUCUUGGGCCUGGGCCUGCACCCCCUCUUCAGCUCGUGCUUCCAGGAGGCGGAGCUGCAGCAGCUGCGGCUGGUGGACAGCAUCAGGAACUACCGCUCCCGGGCGACCAUCUUUGAGAUCAACGCUUCCAGCCGGGACCUGAGCAGCCAGGUGAUGCGUGCCAAGCGGCAGAAGGAUCGCAAAUCCAUCGCCAGCUUCCGGCAGGAGCGGCAGGAGCGGCAGGAGAGCCCGGCUGUCCCAGCCCCGAGCCUCCCAGCACUGCUGGAGGAGCAGCCUGAGAAGGAGGAGGUGGCAGGAGACAGUGUGGAGGACCUAUUCACAGAGGUUGUGGGCCGGAAGCGGCAGCAGCCAGGACCCGACCGAGGAGCCAAGAGGCGGAGGGGGGAGGCCCGGCAGCGGGACCAAGCGUUCUACAUCCCCUACCGGCCCAAGGACUUCGACAGCGAGCGGGGCCUGAGCAUCGGUGGGGACGGGGGUGCCUUCGAGCAGCAGGUGGCUGGCGCUGUCUUGGACCUGAUGGGGGACGAAGCCCAGAGCCUGACCAGGGGCCAGCAGCAGCUCAAGUGGGACCGGAAGAAGAAGCGGUUUGUGGGACAGUCGGGACAGGAGGACAAGAAAAAGAUCAAGACGGAGAGUGGCCGCUACAUCAGCAGCUCCUACAAGAGGGACCUCUACCAAAAGUGGAAACAGAAGCAGAAAAUUGAUGAUCGUGACUCAGAAGAAGAAGGGACAUUUGACCGGCGUGGCCCAGAGCGAAGAGGUGGUAAGCGCGGCCGAGGGCAAGGUGCAUCCCAGCCCCGCACCCGUGGUGCCCCCGCAGGCCGCGUGCGCUCAGAGCUCAAGACCAAGCAGCAGAUCCUGAAGCAGCGGUGCCGAGCCCAGAAGCUGCGCUUCCUGCAGCGUGGGGGCCUCAAGCAGCUCUCUGCCCGCAACCGGCGCCGCGCCCGGGAGCUGCAGCAGGGCGCCUUCGGCCGGGGCGCCCACUCCAAGAAGGGCAAGAUGAGGAAGAGCCUGUAAGAAAGGUGAUACAGCCCCGUGGUUCCUCACCCGGUCCAAGCGUGGACAUCAGCAAUGUUCCCCGUGUACCACUGUGUGCCUGGCCCUGAGCUGGACGCUGGGGGGCUCCCUGCAGAAGCCGUGGUCCGUGCAAAGGAGUACUUGCUAUACGGCCGCAAAGGGGCAGCAGCUGCCUCUGCCUAAGACAGGGCAUGUUUGAGCAGGGUGUUGAAGGGUUCAUAGGAGUUUGCCAGCAAGGCCAGGCAGGCCACUACCUGAGUUGGCAACUCGGCUGCUGCUGCUUCUGUAUGUUCUGGAUUCAGAGGUAGUGGCCAUGGGUGUGAGCCCUGAGUGCCUGAGGCCCAGUGGUGUAUUUUUAAUGUAAUAAACCUUUAUUGAGCGCCUCCAGUGGACCAGGAGCAUUGAGUUGGAAGGGACAGACCCGGGUACUAGAAUCCCAGCUAGUGUGCGGAUGAGCCAAGAGCGUGUGGGCAAGUCCCGAGUGGGUUCUGCUGGAAUCUCCAUUUUGCAGAUGAGGAAAGUCAGGCUCAGAGGAUGGGUCGGUUGCUCAGAUGGGAACGCCCCAAAGCUGGCAGUCGGUCCCCUUCCUCCCACCAGGACAGGCUUGCAGCUGGGACUGGGCGGUGGGAGGGAGACAGCACGUAGAGUCUGGGGGCAGAGGGUGCAGUGCGCCCCCCGGCUGUGAAGGAGUUCACACUAUCCCCACACACCCAGAGGUCAACACCUGUCCUGGCCUCUGUCCUGCUUUAAGCCCUGUGUUCCUCAGCCCCUGCUGGGGGUCCUGGGAAGGUCAGGGGCAGCCUCCGGUAGCUGGAUUCUCAGAAUGGCCGUCACUCAGCGCCAGUCCACGACGGAGGAGCCUUCAUGAGCAGGCGCCCGGGGAUGGGUGUCUCUGCCGUGUGACCCUCUUGCUGGUCCUCCUUUAUUUUACUUUACUUACCAAACACUCAUCUAGAAUUUACCAGAAAUUCUGCGCCAGGCCCCAUUCCAAGCACCUGACAAACAUCAACUUGCUUAAAUGCCCCCAACUGGGGACCUCCCUGGUGGCUCGGUGGUUAAGAAUCCGCCUGCCAAUGCAGGGGACACGGGUUUGGUCCCUGGUCCAGGAAGAUCCCACAUGCCGUGGAGCAACUGAGCCCAUGUGCCACAACUACUGAGCCUGCGCUCUAGAGCCCGUGAGCCACAACUACUGAGCCUGCGCUCUAGAGCCCGUGAGCCACAACUACUGAAGCCCACGUGCCACAACUACUGAAGCUUGUGCACCUAGAGCCCGUGUUCAGCAACAAAAGAAGCCACCGCAAUGAGAAGCCUGCAUACCGCAACAGAGAGUAGCCACCGCUCACCACAACUAGAAAAAGCCUAUGCAGCAACAAAGGCCCAAUGCAGCCAGAAAUAAAUAAAUGAAUAAAUUUAUUUAAAAAAAAAAAUCCCCCAUCUGCCCUGGGUGAGAGGACCAGGUCCCAGGUCACAUGGUGGAUGUGGGAUUGGUGCCCUCCACGUAGCCCACAUUUAUUUAGUAUUUGCUGUGUGCCCCUCAUGCCUACCCCACUGCAAUCUGACCGGGCACAGCCGUCCUGUCUUUCUGGUGAGAGCCACUCAGCCUGUACCCCGCAGGAAUUGUGUACCUCCUGGGGCCCCUCCCCCACUGCUCACCUGGGUCAGGGUCAGGAGGCGGGGGCGGAGGGCUUGGCCUGAUGGAGGCCGGCCAGCAUGGCGGAGAGGUCCAGAAUGAAGAGCUUCACCUGGGGGUUCCGACACAGCCAGAGUCAAAUCCCAGGCUCUUGAGUGUCCAUUUCCCACCCCCCAAAACCCCAGAGGCUGCAAAGCAGGGGUGGGGGGGUAGAGACCCUUAUUAGACAGCAAUGAUGGUGGUUCCCUGGGGCAGUGAACCUGGCAUAAACCAUUCUGGGUUUUUGAAGCCUCAGUCCAAGCCUCCCAAACAGUUGAUUCGCGGGCACCUUCAGUUUUCUAGAUGGCUAUCACCUGUGUUAUAGUUGAAUUCGUAUUUUCACUUGCAUCAAUUCUUUUUAUUUUUUUCCUUUUAAUUGGAUCAGUCGUGUUCACUGGUGUAUGACCUACGCUUCUCCAUGGGGCGCCCUCCUUUAUUUUAAUUAACCUAUUUAUUGAUAUAAACUUAACACCCACGGAUCCACUGCCAAGACCUAGAACUUGAUGGCAAACUUAUCCUUGGGCUCUUCCUUCACAUUUGUCAACGAAAUAAACAUCUGACAAGGAAACUAUAUCUCUACCAAAAGUGGAAAGAGAUUAAAUUACUCCUUGCCAUAAGUAGGGGGUAACCGGAAAAAAUAACACAAUGAAAAUGAAACCUGGUUACUCAAUUCUGGCAGCUACCAUUGCCCACAGAGGGUGUGAGCCCCCAGUUCCUGGAGACCAGGGAGUAUUAUGAGGUUAAAGACAUAGUUGCUGCCCCACCGCCCACCCCCCUGCCAUUGAACCUUUCUCCUUGGUAAGAUCAGAUGGUUGGUUGAAAAAGCACUGGCUUUCCAUCACCCUGAUGCCAAAACCAGAAAAAGAUAUCACAAAAAAAAUUAUAGACCAAUAUCACUGAUGAACAUAGAUGCAAAAAUCUUGAACAAAAUACUAGCAAACGGAAUCCAACAGCACAUUAAAAGGAUCAUACACCAUGAUCAAGAGGGAUUUAUCCCAGGGAUGCAAGGAUUCUUCAAUAUACACAAAUCAAUCAAUGUGAUACACCACAUUAACAAAUUAAGGAAUAAAAACCAUAUGAUCCUCUCAAUAGAUACAGAAAAAGCUUUUGACAAAAUUCAACACCCAUUUAUGAUAAAAAACUCUCCAGAAAAUGGGCAUAGAGGGAACCUACCUCAAAAUCAUAAAGGCCAUAUAUGACAAACCCACAGCAAGCAUCGUACUCAAUGGUGAAAAACAAACCAUUUCCACUAAGAUCAGGAACAAGACAAGGCUGUCCACUCUCACCACUCAUUCAACAUAGAUUUUGAAGUCCUAGUCACAGCAAUUAGAGAAGAAAAAGAAAUAAAAGGAAUACAAAUCGGAAAAGAAGAAGUAAAACCAUCACUGUUUGCCGAUGACAUGAUACUAUACAUAGAAAAUCCUAAAGAUGCCACCGGAAAACUACUAGAGCUAAUCAAGGAAUUUGGUAAGGUUGCAAAAUACAAAAUUAAUGCACAGAAAUCUCUGGCAUUCCCAUACACCAACAACGAAAAAUCAGAAAGAGAAGUUAAGGAAACAUUCCCAUUUACCAUUGCAACAAAAAGAAAAUACCUAGGAAUAAACCUGCCUAAGGAGGUGAAAGACUUGUACUCAGAAAACUAUAAAAUACUGAUGAAAGAAAUCCAAGAUAACAUAAACAGAUGGAGAAAUAUACCAUGUUCUUGGAUUAGAAGAAUCAAUAUUGUGAAAAUGACUAUACUGCCCAAAGCAAUCUACAGAUUCAGUGCAAUCCCUAGCAAACUACCAAUGGCAUUCUGCACAGAAUUAGAACAAAAAAUUUUACAAUUCGUGUGGAAACACAAAAGACCCCGAAUAGCCAAAGCAAUCUUGAGAAAGGAAAAUGGAGUUGGAGGAAUCAGGCUCCCCAACUUCAAACUAUACUACAAAACUACAGUAAUCAAGACAGUAUGGUACUGGCACAAAAACAGAAAUAUAGAUCAAUGGUACAGGAUAGAACGCCCAGAGAUAAAUCUACGCACAUAUGGGCACCUAAUUUAUGACAAAUUACGAGAACAUACAGUGGAGAAAAGACAGCCUCUUCAAUAAGCAGUGCUGGGAAAACUUGGACAGCUACAUGUA